GCAACGGUUUGGUCCCAACCUUUUAGUCCGGAGUCUCGCUGCUUGUUGAUAGCACUCGAGGGCGGCAGCGAUGAAGGACCUUGUUGCCACAGACCACAGCGAGGGCGACUACCGGUUCCCGUCUCUACCACACGUCCACCUCGUGAAAGUCGAGUGGCUCAAGCCACAUGAAGCCAUCGUGUCCGUGGACCACGUCGAAGCGUUGUUGGCCGCGACGCUGUCGUGGGGCGCGUACAUCCGGCCGCUGUUGGUGGACAUCAAGACGGGUGCCAUCUUGGACGGACACCACCGGCACCGCGUGGCCCAGCUGCUGCAGCUGCACCAGGUGCCGUGCGUGCUUGUCGACUAUCUGUCGGACUCGUCCAUCGCCGUCGAGCACUGGCAGCGCGGACGCGUCGUGGAGAAGCAGCACGUGAUCGACAUGGCGCUGUCGGCGCAUGUGUUUCCGCCCAAAACGAGUCGGCACUCGAUGACCGUCGACUCGCUCGGGCACAUCGCCGUGCCCCUGACGCUGCUCCAGCAGCCCGCGCCGUUCACAGGUGUCUAUUCCAACCACCCUCUCAAGCGGCACCUUCCUCCCACCGACAACGCACAGCUCCCCAAUACCAACGCCAACAACCGGGUGUGGGCGUGUUAAGUGUACUAGUGACAUUUGGUUAUAUCCUACUAUUAAUAGUGUCGAUUUGGUUUUGAACAAGGGUAUUAUACUUCAAGUAGGAUACAACAUGUAGUAAUAUGUACGCUGC